AUGGGUGGCAGUGGUGGUGGUGGUGGUGGUGGGGGAAAGAGGCGCAACACCACCCCGACACCCGGACCCUACCCCACGAUGGGCGGCGGUGGUGGUGGUGGCGGCGGCGGAGAAGUGCACCACUCGCUCGCCCCUCCGCCUUCGGUGGGCACCGACUCGGAGGGCGCCAACUCCCUCGAUGGACGCGAUGACGAGACACCCGAACAGAAGGCUGAGCGAGAGAAAUCGCGAAGACAAGCCAACAACGCUCGAGAACGAGUGCGCGUUCGUGACAUCAACGACGCAUUCAAGGAGCUCGGACGCAUGUGCAUGAUCCACCUGAAGAAUGAGCGCCCCCAGACAAAACUCACCAUCCUCCAACAAGCCGUCACGCUAAUCACCAGUCUUGAACAACAAGUUCGCGAACGAAACCUGAAUCCUAAACAAGCCUGUCUUCGUAGACGCGAAGAAGAGAAAAGUGAGGACGCAGCUGGUCUCCAUUGUUCUUCCGACUACACCGAGAAGUUACCCCUGGAGUCCCAGACUGGUCAAGUUAGCCUUUCAUCCUCUGCACCAGCACCUUAUGACCAUGGUGAGCUUUCUUGA